CCAUUAGGAUUAUGUGUUACCCCCUUACAUGUGGUAAAAAGUGCUAGCUGUACUUUAUAAAAAGGAAAUUUUCUUAAGCCUUUUGGCUAUUAAUAAUGUAAGCUAAGACAAUCAUCCAUCCGAUCAAUAACGAAUUCUUCGAAUAUUGAAUUCAAAGACUGGAGAGAGAGAUAAUAACCCUGACAGUGAGAUCUCUCUUAUAGCCUAUCGAACCCUAAUACUCUUCUCUCAUUAUCUUCCCAGUCGAAACCAUGAGCGAUAAUCGUUAUUGUACUAACAAGUACAGUCAAUUAUACAUCGCGCCAUCACCAUCACCAACGCCGUCGCCGUCUCCAUCGCCGUCGCCGUCGCCAUCGCCAUCUCCGUCGCCGUCGCCGUCGCUAUCGCCAUCUCCAUCGCCAGUUCCAGUUGAAACCACGAGCAGAGAUUUCUCCAGGGCUAAAAUAGGGGUCUUCUGGGACGUGGAGGAUUCUCCAGCGCCUGAUGGUCACGAUCCUGUUUCGGUUUAUGAGACUGUCGAAACAACUCUUGCUAAUGAGGACUAUCGUGAUAGGACCAUGGAAAUACGGGUUUAUGGUGGGAAGAGUGAGAUUACGGAAACAUUGCGGCGUGAAUAUCUGUAUGCCGGAGUCUACUACCCACCCGAAGUUUCAGGGGGUCCAUGUACGAGAGUUAAUCAGAUGUUAAUCGACAUUCUUAUCUGGACACUAGACCAUCCUGAACCUUCAAAUUUGAUGGUCAUCGCAAAAACCAUCUUAGAAGACACCAAGUUCCCCAGAGUUCUUCAAGUUUUGAAAUCGAGAGAUCACAAUGUUCUCUUCGUACAGCCUGAUACACUCUCAUUAGGACUGCUACGUCCUUUUGUACGCUCGGAAAACCUAUCGACCAACUCAGAAGCUCACAAUGUGUUGACAAUACUUCCGCUUGUUGUAGCGACCAAAGUGGAAGCUCAGAAGAGGUUGCCAGUAAGCUUGAGAGGAAGAAACGUCGGAAGAGCAGAGCUGAUACUGAUUCUAAGGUGUAGCGGAAGGACACAACUAUGAAAGUAGUAGAUUGAACUUUGAAGUAGGUGAAUAUAGACAUAGAUGUGCAAAGAACGAUAAUGAUUACUAUAAUAUGAGAAAAAUGAGGUGUUACAUGUGUGAAUUUAUAUGCUUAUCGUUUAUCAUUGUGAUGGUGAAAUGUAGGAUAGAAAGAUUUUGAAGUUAAGAACAAAUUUUGGAAUGCGACACGCGUUUUUUGAUA